AUAAGCGUGUGGGAGGCAGAAAGGAAAGGGUGGUGUUCUGUCUCUUGUUACAUAAGAAAAAUACAGCAUCUCCUGAAGUGGCAGAAUGCCCUCUCCAGCAGACUUCAGUGUCUUACCCGUCGUGGUAGAGGGAGCUCUAAUAAUGGUUCAUUCCUGCAUUUCAGAUUCACCAAGAUGAAGACAGCAACCAACAUUUACAUCUUUAACCUCGCUCUGGCUGAUACCUUGUGCCUGAUGACCUUACCCUUCCAGGGUACAGACACGUUCCUUGGCUUUUGGCCCUUUGGCAAUGUCCUCUGCAAGAUCGCCAUCUCCAUAGACUACUACAACAUGUUCACGAGCACCUUCACCCUGACGAUGAUGAGCGUGGACCGUUACAUUGCUAUCUGCCACCCUAUCAAAGCGCUGGACAUCCGCACUCCCCACAAGGCCAAAGUGGUCAAUGUCUGCAUCUGGGCGCUGGCUUCCGUCUUCGGCAUCCCGGCAAUGGUGAUGGGGUCUGCGGAGAAUGAAAACAACGAAAUUGAUUGUCUAAUUAAACUCCCUUCACCCGUGGAUUACUGGGAUCCAGUGUUUGGUAUCUGUGUCUUUCUCUUCUCCUUUAUGAUCCCCGUGUUGAUCAUCACCAUUUGCUACAGUCUCAUGAUCAGACGACUCAAGAACGUCCGUGUCCUCUCAGGCUCCAAGGAGAAGGACCGAAACCUGAGGCGCAUCACCCGAAUGGUCCUGGUGGUGGUGGCAGUCUUCAUCAUUUGCUGGACUCCCAUCCAGAUUUUCGUGCUGGUCCAGUGCUUGGGUGCCAAGGCAGAAAGCGAGCUCGAGUUGGCCAUCUCCUGCUUCUGCACCGCGCUGGGGUACGCCAACAGCAGCCUGAACCCCGUGCUCUACGCCUUCUUAGAUGAGAACUUCAAGGCGUGCUUCAAGAAGUUCUGCUUCCCCACUGCCUUCAGGACCGAGCUCCAAAUGUCCAACAGGAUGUGCAGCAUCGCCAAGGAUGUGGCUUAUGCCUGCAAGAACUCGGAGGGGACUAACAAUCCGGCCUGACUAGGCAUGGAAAUUCCCAUGGUGGCUGUCGCCCAGCAGAGUCCAACCACCCCCACAUCAGAGCUAACUCAGAUAACGGCUCUUUAGCAGGACCUCAAAAACUCUGAGAGCUGAGAAACCGAGGAAACUAUUUUUGGGGGUUGGGAAAAUCGGAUACUGCAAGAGCGUGUGGAAAAAGUGAGCCCAUUCGAUGCAUUUUUAAUUCCAGCGCACCCUGCAUUAAGGAACGCGUUUGAAAUAAGCCCUUUGAUUCCUGCAAAACCCUGGUGGUUUGCAACAUUAUUGAGAAUUCAGGAAUUAAGGUUUAAAACAGGCAUCGCUCCUAGGACUUACACUUCUGCUGCUGGAAGACAGACAAAAUGCAAACUACUCCAUUUCUUUUUUCCUCUCUGAGUUGUUUAAGAUGCUCAUGUGGCUCACCAGCCGCUCGCGUGCGGGUUUUGUUCCUGCAGCGUCGCGCUGAAAUUAGACUUUGCUAAAGCCAAAGUGGGCAGCAGCCAUCAGACAAAACCCAGGAUCAUCUCCAGGAUGAGUCAUCACGAAGGGAAGGAUGCGGGGAGGGAGAGGAGGGAGCUGGUGGAAAGGAAAAUUCAAAGUGCCCCGCGGCGAGGAGCCUGGGGAGAACAUCAGCUCCUGCAGGCAAGGUCUGCAGUAAAUCCCUCCACCUCGUGAGGGGAGCAGGGACUGUCAAAACUGAUGAACGCAGCUCAGAAGAGGAAGGGGAAAAAUAAAAAGAUGAACACAAAUCCUUGUUUACAUGCUGCUAUUGCUUUUUUUUUUUUUUUUAAUCUUAUAUUUCCACUGUAAUAAUGAACAGAAUGUGUCUGUACAUACACAUCUCUCUAGUGCUAGAGGUACAGGAUUUCGUCUUGCCAAGCAUGCCUUGGGGAUCUUCCUCUGCGAGAGGAGGGAGGAAUGAAGUGGCCUAUGUCUACAUGUAUGUGUUUGCUGGGGAAAGCCAUUUUGGAGAAGUCAGAAUGGCAGCUGCUCCAGAAGACACGGACAUUUCUGGUAGGAGAGACAGCCUAAAACAGUCCCACCUGCUCCACAUGAGAGAAGUGGUCCACAAACCAUACGAAAGGUGGUUUUGUUUGUUUGUUGGGUUGUUUGUUUGUUUGUUUGUUUUCCAAAUGAAAUGAUGCUGAGAGCAGUUGGGAAAUGCUGCUGAGGUACCACCCCUCCUGCCAUCCACAGACUGAUUUUUUUAUUUUUAUUUUUUCCUGCUCCUAAUAGGCCAGAGCUUUGUGUAAAAUGAAAUUGCCCCAUCACUUCAUUUGAUAAUGAAAGCAUUCCUGAAGAGUUCAACCCCUUGAGUGCCCUCUGUGCCGGUGGGGACAGCAGACUUGUAUUCUCCCUGUAGCACAACAGCCCUGGGGAGAAAUCUGGGCGGUGGUGGCCAGCGGUGCUGAUGGGGAGGCAAAGCGAUGACCUCCAUUUGGAGACGGGAGGUCAACUCCACCGCCAGAACCGGCAGGGUUGUCUGGACUGUACAGAUUUCAUGUGAAUAUAUUUCUUGUGCUCUGGUCUCCGAGAGUCUGUAUUUUUAAUGUAUUGAUUUGCCAAUAUUUUAAUCCUGUCAUGUUCUUUAUAUAUGCUGUAUAAAAGAAUCCAAUGUUAUAUUUCUAUGUAAAGUGUUUCCCUUAUGGUUGAGCUUAAAAAAGAGAUGCAAUUCCAGUGUCCCACAUAUAGGACCCAGAUCCCUUCUGAACUGCUCACGCUGGGAGGAUUUUUAUGCUGAUUAGCAUUUGAUUGGGAAUCUGGAUGGAUACCAGAGCAAUCUUUGCAAUUAGCGCUUCCCUUGAAUAAUGGAGGGGGAAAUCUGGGCACUUUAAGCACUUUGCAAUAGAUUUUAUUUUAUUUUUUUUCCUUUCCCCAGGCACUCUCCAGGAAAUCUCAUACAACCCCCAAGCAUGCUAAGGAGAACUUCCCAAGAACCACACUGCUGGCAAGCUGCAUCCAUGCCCUUG